GGGCCGGAGGGCGCGGCGGCCUUGCGGCCGCUCCGGUACAAUAGCUCCGCUGCGGCCGAAGGUGCGGGCUCCAGCGCGGACACCCCUCGCCUUCCCUACUCGUUCCCGCUAGUCUCGGUCCCAGGCUGCCCGGUCUCGCCGCGGACGCUGUCCUUGCUCCGGGCUCCCCGGCUCAGCGCCACCUCCGCGCCCGCCGCGCGCGCCCAGCCCCCUGCAGCCGGCUGGCUCCGGCCCUCCGCGUCCCGCCCUCGCCGACCUGAGGGGCUCCCGGCGGGAGGAGGGGCCCGGCGGCCACCGGUGCACACUCGCGCUCAUCCCGGCUCGGCCGCCGCCACCGGCAGGAGGAGGAGGAACCGAGCGAGCGCGGAAGUAGCUGCUGGUGGUGGUGACAAUGUCAAAUAACGGUUUAGACAUCCAAGACAAACCCCCAGCCCCUCCAAUGAGAAACACCAGCACUAUGAUUGGAGCUGGCAGCAAAGACGCCGGAACCCUAAACCACGGCUCCAAGCCUCUGCCUCCAAACCCAGAGGAGAAGAAGAAGAAGGACCGAUUUUACCGCUCCAUCUUACCUGGAGAUAAAACAAAUAAGAAGAAGGAGAAGGAGCGGCCAGAAAUUUCUCUUCCUUCAGAUUUUGAGCAUACAAUUCAUGUUGGUUUUGAUGCUGUCACAGGGGAGUUUACGGGGAUGCCAGAGCAAUGGGCCCGCUUGCUUCAAACAUCAAAUAUCACUAAGUCAGAGCAGAAGAAAAACCCACAGGCUGUUCUGGAUGUGUUGGAAUUUUAUAACUCUAAGAAGACCUCCAAUAGUCAGAAGUACAUGAGCUUUACAGAUAAGUCAGCUGAAGACUAUAAUUCUUCUAACACUUUGAAUGUGAAGACUGUGUCUGAGACCCCAGCAGUGCCACCAGUUUCAGAAGAUGAAGAUGAUGACGAUGAUGCUACCCCACCUCCAGUGAUUGCUCCACGCCCAGAGCACACAAAAUCUGUAUAUACACGAUCUGUGAUCGAACCACUUCCUGUUACUCCAACUCGUGAUGUGGCUACAUCUCCCAUUUCACCUACUGAGAAUAACACCACUCCGCCAGAUGCUUUGACUCGGAAUACUGAGAAGCAGAAGAAGAAGCCUAAAAUGUCUGAUGAGGAGAUCUUGGAGAAAUUACGGAGCAUAGUGAGUGUGGGCGAUCCUAAGAAGAAGUAUACACGGUUUGAGAAGAUUGGACAAGGUGCUUCAGGCACCGUGUAUACUGCAAUGGAUGUGGCCACAGGACAGGAGGUGGCCAUUAAACAGAUGAAUCUCCAGCAGCAACCGAAGAAAGAGCUGAUUAUUAAUGAGAUUCUGGUCAUGAGGGAAAACAAGAACCCAAAUAUUGUGAACUACUUGGACAGUUACCUUGUGGGAGAUGAACUAUGGGUUGUCAUGGAAUACUUGGCUGGAGGCUCCCUGACAGAUGUCGUGACAGAAACCUGUAUGGAUGAAGGCCAGAUAGCAGCUGUAUGUCGUGAGUGUCUACAGGCUUUGGAGUUCCUGCAUUCAAACCAAGUCAUUCACAGAGACAUCAAGAGUGACAAUAUUCUGCUAGGAAUGGAUGGCUCUGUCAAGUUAACUGACUUUGGAUUCUGUGCACAGAUCACGCCAGAGCAGAGCAAACGGAGCACCAUGGUAGGAACUCCAUAUUGGAUGGCACCCGAGGUUGUGACGCGGAAGGCCUAUGGACCCAAGGUUGACAUCUGGUCUCUGGGCAUCAUGGCCAUUGAAAUGAUUGAGGGGGAGCCCCCAUACCUCAAUGAAAACCCUUUGAGAGCCUUGUACCUCAUUGCCACCAACGGGACCCCAGAGCUGCAGAACCCAGAGAAGCUGUCGGCUAUUUUCCGGGACUUUUUGAACCGCUGUCUUGAGAUGGAUGUGGAGAAGAGGGGUUCAGCCAAAGAGCUACUGCAGCAUCAGUUCCUGAAGAUUGCCAAGCCCCUCUCCAGCCUCACUCCACUGAUUGCUGCAGCAAAGGAGGCAACCAAGAACAAUCACUAAAACCACACUCAUCCCAGCCUCUUGUGCCAAGUCUUUUGUGAAGUAAACACUCAUUUCAGAAACUCCAGCCCCCGAGGCCCUCUUCUCCUUACCUUGCUCCUCCCAUUUCCUGAUCUAGUGCUCUCAAUACUUUGAUCUCUGGAAACCAUGUGUUCAGCACUGAAGAGAGCUGCAACUGGAUGCAGCAAGAGCCAUUUCAGAUAAGGAAUUCCCUUCCAGUCUAUGGGCAUGAGGGUGAUUUAUGAGCAAGGGUUUUCAUGAAUAAACCAACCUAUUUCUUAAAAGCAAAAUCUUGAGCACCCCCAUUCCUUACCCCUCACAAUCAGUUCUUGGCUGUAAAUUUAUAGUUUGAUAGCAUUAUUAAUUUGCAAUCUGUUGAAAUUUCUUUAGAGCUUGCUUUUCUGUGACCAAACUUCCCAGACACCUCAUUAUAUUUGAAAACUAUAACAGCUUGGGAAUGGCCUGGGGUCUGAUAAUCUGCCAGGGACAUUAAGUGGCUCUGUUUCCUGGACCAUGACUUUGGCACAGCUCAUCCCAACAUGGGAGAACUACCAUGUUUUUCUUUGUGUAUGCUUCUAGCAGCUGUUGGGGAGAACCGUGACCCAGUAGUGUUCCCAUGCUAUUUCUAGUGAAAUGGUCUUGGCUAUGUAGCAGCUUUUUAUUCCCUGCAUCCCCUAGGUGGCUGCUCCCAUUCUGUCCUUGUUUAUAGCAUUGAGAGGUUUCCUAGAGCACAUGUUGAGUGAGAGCAGUGUGAGAAGUCAAGAGAAAAACAUCUAGCUGCUUUUAGAGCAAGGCCGGGCAAGUACUUGUCCAGCUAUACUUAGGUGAUGUUUCAAGAUCUCAGCCUCUUCCAAGAGCUGAAAGAAUACUUGAGUCAGAAGAAAGGGUCUCCAACUGAGACUACCUGUUGGUUUGGGAAGGAUUUGGUGACCUGAGAGGAUGUGCUACCAGCCAUAAGGGGACCCUGUUUACAUGCAUGGCCAAGCUCUCUGUGAAUGGAAAUGCUUACUCUAGGUGUUAGGGAUGUUGCUCCCUCCUAUCUUUGUGGGUUUGGUUCUCCCACUGUGGUAGGAUGCCUGGCCAGCAUUGUGGCUUGUCAUGUCAGCCCCACCAACUACCUUGUCAUGCUCUGAGGUACCACUGCCUUAGCAGCACAAGUUUCUAUUUCCUUCAAUAAAAGGAGAUGAAAAUACUCUA